AUGUCUGUAGUAAGUCGCGCUUCUAGGAAUUCUCCAUCAAAAGAAAAGAAACUACUGGAGCAAUUAAUAAUUCAGGACUCCGAACAGGCUGCAAGGAUUAGUGAAUUCAAAAAAGAGCAUCGCAUAAUCUGUCAAUUUUUGAGCACAUGGGACCCCAAAACCCAUGAACAGACCUCCAACAAACCCCAUCAGCAACCAAUCAACCUGGAUUUGAGUGACCCAACUUCAAGUACAAAGUCCCAAGAAGAGCCGAUUGGAAUUCCACAUUUUUCCAUUCAAUCGAGGUUAGACUGUGAGCUUAAUGACACAAUGACUGAACCAAUUGCUAUCAAAAAUGGUGAGGUUAUCAGGGAGAAGCCAAACAUGGCGGUUGUUGUUGAUAAACUACUAUCAAAUCUACCUAGUCAUGAGGAGAUUAAACAGGCUCUUGGAUAUGGCCCACUUGAAUUUAGUAUUCCAGAUCCAAUUACGUACGAGGUGGUUAGAAAACCUUCAAGGAGCGAUGAACGUGAAAAGAAAACGAUCUUUACCAUUGUAAAGCCAACAGGACUAAUUAAAACUAUGGGGACGGUGGAUACUCCUAGGAGUUCAAGUCGGAUGUCUGUAGUAAGUCGCGCUUCUAGGAAUUCUCCAUCAAAAGAAAAGAAACUACUGGAGCAAUUAAUAAUUCAGGACUCCGAACAGGCUGCAAGCUAUCGUUGGAUUGUGCCUGCAAACGACCGAAUUGAGCUCACAAUUCGAUUCAAUCCUCCAAAACAGGGAAUCUUCAAGGACAUUCUCAAAUUCAUGCUUGCGAGAACAAAUUCUUGCAUGGAAAUUGAGUGCCAAGGCUACUGUCAAGCACCAAGACUUAUUGUGGAUCCGAAUUGUGUAUUUUCAAGCGUUGAAGCCAGAUGCCCAUCCGAUAAAUUUCUAAGGAAGUCGUACAUCUUGGAGCGCAACCGCUUUGAAUUCGGAACUCUGCUGGCUUCAAAAUCUCGUGAAAAAAUUCUGAUAGGUGAAUACAAAGAGAACAUCGCGCAAUUACAAUUUAAAAAUGAGGGUCUUCAUGAUGUUGAAGUUGCUUUUGACUUUGGGGAAAAUGAAGGUGGCAAUUUUGCGGUAGCUCCAUCAGAAUUAAGCAUUCUUAAAAAUGAAACCAAAUCAAUAUCAGUUUUCGCGCUUCCAAAUUCCGUAUCACCUGUAACAAGUACGCUUAUUGGUAGGAUCGAGAACAACCCAGAACCAAUCCUUUUCCACUUUUCUGCGGAGGGAGUUUUGCCUGAUCUCUCGUUCCAAACAAGGGCUGUUGACUUUGGAAGGUUGCCCCUUAAUUAUACCAAAAGGCAGACCGUGCAAAUUUCUAAUCCCACAGCAAUACCAAUUUCAUGGAAAAUUGAAAAGAUUGGGGCUGCAAAAAACGCGGAAUUAGAAGUCUAUCCUUCUUCUGGAACACUCAAAUUUCUUAAUGAAAAAGCAAGUGUCACUGUAGAAUAUACCUCACCUUCGAUUCCAGAAGCGGUAUCGAUAAAGGAGGCUUUCCGAUUUACUGUAACAGAUAUCAGAGAAUUGUGUGAUUCAAUAGUAAUAAAACCGUAUAUCAGUGUCCAGGCGGAAGCGGUGAAUCCCAAUUUUGAAAUAGGUCGGCUGAAUGAAGAUGGAAUCGAUUUUGGUCUCUUGAAAUUUGGCGACAAGGUGAAGAAAUCGAUAGAACUUAGAAAUGGAGGCCCAUUUAAAUUGCGCUAUAAAUUUGUCCACACUCAACUGCAAAAUUUUCAAUGUCCCUUUGAGCUUAGUUCCGACUCAGGAAACCUUCCACCGGGGCAGAAUAUUUCAAUCACAGUAUGA